UCCAAAGUCCAAAUCAAACUAAACCACCUAUCCAUCUCCAAUCUACAUGUUCUCCGGUCGGCUGUCGGCUCAAAGCUUGGUGCUUAAAUUAAACUGACACUUGUAGAGAAGAGAAUUAGAAAAAAUUUGUUGAAUUUUGAAUCACGUGCCAUUGCCAACGUUCGUUAAUUACAUGCACUGAGCAAAAAAGUUCGUUACAUGCUCAGACUGUACCCCACGAUGACAAAGCUCCUUACCAACUCAAUCUGCGGUUGCAGGUGCCUCUCUUCAUUCCCUAGUAAGGUUUCCCGAGCCCAGCCCACCCCUCUGUCCGAUCAACUUUUCAACUCGGCCCCCCAAUCCGGUUCUUUCAGAUUGGGCGAUUCCACUUGCUAUUCCCUCAUUCACCAUUAUGCCCACAAGGUUGAUUUUGCUUCUUUACACCAUGUUUUAUCCCGGAUGAAGCUCCAAAACCGAGUUUUUAUUGAGAAGUAUUUCCUACUCAUCUUCAAGGCUUAUGGGAGAGCCCAUUUACCCGAGAAAGCUGUAGACUUGUUCCAUAGGAUGCCUCAUGAAUUUCAUUGCAAACCCACUGUUAAGUCCUUUAAUUCUGUUCUCAAUGUCAUCAUACAAGAGGGUUUUUAUCAUCGUGCUUUCGACUUUUAUAACUGCUCUGUUAGUGCCAAGAAUACCAAUAUUUCUCCAAAUGUGCUCACUUUUAAUUUGCUUCUUAAGGCCAUGUGUAAGUUGGGAUGGGUCGAUCGUGCAAUUGAGGUGUUUAGAGAAAUGCCUCUCAGGAAGUGUGCGCCCGAUGUCUAUACUUACUGUACCUUGAUGGAUGGAUUGUGCAAGGAGGACAGGAUUGAUGAGGCUGUUUCCUUGUUAGAUGAGAUGCAAACUGAGGGUUGCUUCCCUACCCCUGUUACCUUUAAUGUAUUAAUUAAUGGGUUAUGCAAGAAGGGUGACUUAGCUCGUGCAGCAAAGCUAGUGGACAAUAUGUUUCUCAAAGGUUGUCUUCCUAACCAAGUCACUUAUAAUACACUCAUUCAUGGUUUGUGUCUGAAGGGAAAGUUGGAUAAGGCGGUUAGUCUUUUGGAUCGCAUGGUAUCGAGUAAUUGUAUUCCUAAUGACAUCACAUAUGGAACCAUCGUUAAUGGUCUUGUUAAGCAAGGAAGGGUGGAGGAUGCAGUUGUGCUAGUGGUUUCUAUGGAGGAAAGAGGGUAUGGAGUGAAUGAGUAUGUUUACUCAUCCCUUAUUAGCGGGUUGUUCAAGGGUGGUAAGUCUGAGGAGGCAAUGAAACGAUGGACAGAAAUGAUGGAAAAAGGAUGUAAACCAAACACUGUUGUUUACAGCUGUCUUAUAGAUGGCUUGUGCCGAGAAGGAAAGCCAAAUGAAGCUGAGGAAGUUCUAUCUGAAAUGAUAGACAAGGGUUGCAUCCCUAAUGCUUAUACGUAUAGCUCCCUGAUGAAGGGUUUCUUCAAGACGGGCAAUUGCCAUAAGGCAGUUCAGGUGUGGAAGGACAUGGCAGAACAUAAAUGUGUUCACAGCAAGGUUUGUUACAGUGUAUUAAUCCAUGGCCUUUGUGAGGAUGGGAAUCUCAGUGAAGCUAUGAUGGUGUGGAGACACAUGUUAGAUAAAGGUUGUAAACCCGAUGCAGUGGCUUACAGUUCAAUGAUUCAAGGCCUCUGCAAUGCUGGCUCAUUAGAAGAGGCUUUGAAACUUUUUAAUGAGAUGCUUUGCCAGGAGGCUGAAUCUCAACCAGAUGUGAUCACCUAUAAUAUACUUUUUAAUGCUUUAUGCAACCAGAAAAGCAUCUCCCAUGCCAUUGAUCUCUUAAAUAGCAUGCUGGAUCGGGCCUGUGAUCCUGACAUAGCAACAUGCAAUAUAUUUUUGAGAACGUUGAGAGAGAAGAUAGACCCUCCUCAAGAUGGGAGGGAGUUUUUAGAUGAGCUUGUUAUCCGGCUAUUUAAGAGGCAAAGAGUUUUUGGUGCUUCCAAAAUUGUACAAGUGAUGCUGCAGAAAUUUUUGCCUCCAAAAGCAUCUACUUGGGCAAGAGUUGUCGAAGAGCUCUGCAAACCUAAAAAAAUUCAAGCUGCCAUUGACAAGUGUUGGACAAACAUAUACUGUUAAUUCUUUUUGGUUGGGAUAUCUUUUCAUGGUUACUUCUGAAAGAAUUCUUCGUCACCAAGCAGGAUGCAUUUCUUUUCCCAAUCAUAGUUAUGUUGAAGAAUUAUUAUUGAGGAUGGACCUGCAAAAUAUUAUUGGAGACACACAUCAAUCUGUUUUCUGCAAAGCGUCCUCCCUAGACAUGCUUUGAAACUCACUUUUAACAUGUAAUCUUUAUCUUGAACGGGAGAUAGUCCGGUCCUCUUCUAAUUUCUGUCACUAUACUCUACAAACACGGAGAACGUGGCUGACAAUCAGGAUGCUUAAGAGUUUGUAAAAGGAGGUUGGAGGUUACUGACAAUGCAAGGUAAACGACUUAUGGGCCUUGCACAUAUGGGUGUUCACUUUUUGUCAUUUGACCUAGCUUGAAUGCAUGCAGUAACGUAUGUGCGCAUGUAUCUACAUAUAUAUGGAGUCAGAAUGAAUUUUUUAGUAUGUGCAGUUGCUACGAGUGCACUUUGCCCAAGGUGCAGAAGCCAAGCCACAUUAAAGGAGUUCGAAAAUCAGAGGACUCAUAGCUGAUGACAGCAGCAUUGAACAUUAUGAAAAUCCUACUUUAGAUGGUGCAACACAAUCAACUUGACAGAAGAGAGUGUUGGACAGUGGAACAUGAUAAACUAAGCCUAUGCUUUCCC